AUGCGAGCGUACCGUACUUUUCUUUACAAGCCACGGGCGGCGGCGGAUGUAGUUGGAAGUCCUAAUGGCCGCAUCCUGACAAUAGAGAAGGCGAAGGAACCCUCGGCAGGAUCCCAAGCUGGGCUGCAGCUGCGCCUGUUCCUGAAUGGCACAUGCGGAGCGUGGCGGUAUGGCAGCAUGGAUAGACUGGAAUGGACGCCGGAAUGGACAAUGAUGCUGGAGCGCCCAACUCUGGUCAGGUGA